CGCUCGACAGCCACCCUCUCAACGCGCUCUCUACUCUACCUAAUCGUGAUUAGGUUAACGGUAACGUGGCAACAUACGAGAAAUCACUGAAAAACCGAUUCGCCUAGUUUAACAUAUAUAUCGCUCAUUUAAAUAUCUAAUUAAUUAUUAUAUUAAAUCUCUCAUAGUGUGAAUUUUUUUCGAUUAUUAUUGUUAUUAUAUUUUCUUGAAUUUUCUUUCUAUACGUGUACUCACUCAUUCACUUUGUUUCAACACACUCUCAUUCGUAUUCUUUUUCCUACCCUUUCCUUAACCCGCAUCCCACUCCCUCCACCCCUCUUCACAGAUUUUCAUCGUUUGUUUGUAUCAUUAUCAUACUCGACAAUUUUUUCUGUCUUCUUUCUUUCUUUUUAUUUUUUUUAACCCCUUAUUUCCCUUUUUUCUUUUAUUUUAUUUAUUUCGUUUCAUUUGUCACAGUGGGGUGGUGGUUAAUUUGUCACCUUACCUAUCUACCAGAGCAUACAUAUAUACAUACACACACACACACACAACAACGGUGUCGACUUCACAAUCCUACGACGGACCAAAACAAGUUCGAUUUGAUCGAGUUUAUGAAGAUAAUGUACUUCGGACGUGCAUAAGGAAGGAGAUGCACGUGACGUACCAACUUAGUCAAACUUCGAGGUGACAAACGUGAAGUUAAGAAAGGAAGGAAGGAAGGAAGGAAAGAGAAAAAAGACAAGGAAAGGAAAACAAAAGGACAGAAAGACAGAAGAUGCCGGUCGGUGGACGUGUUGCUGGCAAAGUUGGGAUUUAUAGUUCCCAUUACAAUGGUAAUGGUGUGGAUAUCAAGGCAUUAGGUAAAGGUUACAGUGGAAUUAACGAAGAGAUCAUAUGGAUCAGUAUCGGUAUGGGAAUAGCGAUAGCUGUGUUGAUAACGAUAGCACUUUGCUAUAUAGCACGUGAAAAGUGUCGUAAACGUCACGAAGGUUACUAUUCCUCCUGACACACGUUACCCCCGCCCGCUUGGGCGAAUUGUUCAACUUUCACACCAACAACCCCUAGGGUUUACUUCAGCCCCACAAUCUCAAAGGACAAGCCACGAGCUUAUUACAUCACCGUUUAAGUGGAAUGUCACAUCGAUCGAUGAUCCUUUCGAAGUGAGUAAAUAUGUUAUUUCAUUCUUAUUUUUCUCUUCUAUUCUUUUUAUCUUUUUUAUUUUUUCUCUUCUUAACAUUUAUAUGACAAAGAUUAUUUUGUACGAGGAAUUAUCUGGAAAUUCUUUUUUUUGUAUUCUCGAUAUAUUGUAUAUUUACUUUUAAGAAUCUUAGAAUAUGAAAAAAUAGUUUUAAUAUAUACAAUUUGUGUGUUUUUAUUAAUUAAUAUUUUAUUCGUUAAAUAAAAUGGACGGAUAAAUUGAUGGAUGGGUUGAAAAGUUUGCUCCUGGCAGCGCCUAUAAUAUUUUUGUGGUAAAAACAAUUUUGUUUUUGUUUUCGAUAAAUUCGUUAUUAACCCAGAACAGUCAAAAAAGGGAGUUGACCAAUUUGUUAUAAAAUUUGAUCCUCGCAAAUUUGUAACUUUGCCAACGAGGAAUAAUUAUUUGUCUUAUUUAUUUAAAACGAAAUGAGUACAAUUUUGUCACGUAAUAUUGUUGAAAUAAAAAUUUGAUCGCUACAAAAAAAUACUAAUAUUUCCAAAGAGAAAAAAAAGAAAAGAAAAAAAAAAGAAAAGGAAAAAACGUAUAAAAAUCUCGUCGUGAAGAAAUUGGGACGAGUUUGCUUAAGAGGAUAAAAAAAGAAAAAGAAAGAAAAAUAAGAAAAGAAAUGUUGAUAUCUUUGAAAAGAAAAAUCUCGUAAAAGGGAAGAGAACAACGUCCCAUCAUGUAAGAUAAACUAGAAUGAGACCUCAGAAAAUGAGAUUUUGGUUGAUCAUAAAUCACCGAGAUGCACCAAAGAGAGUUGCAUUGGAUUUUUUUUAAGUCGAUCGUGAUACGCAUGCAAAUCUUCUUCUUCUUCUUCUUCCUCUUCUGCUUUUUCUUCUUCUUCAUAGUUCAAGCCUGCGCGCAUUUUAUAUUUCCUACUAUUUUCCUGUUUUUUUUUUCUCUUUUUCCUCCAACCCCUCACACGCCUCCCUUUGUAUUUUCCUCCUCUUUCUCUUUUUCCCUUUUUCUAUUUUUCCAGCAAAGUAAAAGAAAAAUCCGAAUUUUACGUUUCUCAUAGAAGACAAAAUUGUACGACGUAUACUCCACUGCUGUUGCUGGCUGCUAUGUGGGUGGUAGUGUCACCCACAAGUUUCUAAAACGUAGUAACAAUCGUUUCGAUUGAACUUACUUUUAUUUUUAGAAAAAUAUAAACGAGUUUCCUUUAUUUUCUUCUUCUUCUUUUUUUUUUUUUUUUUCUUUCUAUUCCUCCCCAUCGUAAUAGGGCACGAAACACACUUUUCAACCCAUCCUCGUAUUUUAAGGACACGAUCGUUUUAAUCUAAAUUUAAACUAUAUGUUUAUAAUAAAAAAAAAAAAAUAAAAAUAAAAAUAAAAAUACAAAUACAAAUAAUAUUGCGCACGAAGAUAAAAGAAAUAAAAAGGAUGACGAUUAUAAAUCGUCAUAGAAAAAUUCUUCCAAACGAUUAUCCACGUACCUUCCGAUAAGAAAAAAAAAAAAAA